CAGCUAGUGCCGUUGGCUGCUGUUUGUCAAUUUUAUUUAUUUGUUCAAUUAAAAACAAAUUGAUAAUGGAACCGACAAAGCACAGAUAUUUUAGCAUAUCAGCCAAAUACAAGGGCAGCCAAGAGGAGGAUUUGGAGCUGACCAUACAGAAAUACGGCGAUGAUGUUGUCCGCAUACAGCUACUAAAUCGAUUGCACGGCAAGCAGUGUCGAGCGCAACUAAAACGUUUUCUAUUUAUGAUUAGCUUGGCGAUUGUUUAUUUUGCCUUUGCUGUGAGGUGGAGCGAAGGAUCCGUUACCCUGAGACAAGCUCACAUUCUAUAUCCAGCAUUGUUGUGCUUAGCUGUAGUUCUAUUAAUAUUUCGCAACACUCUUCGCCUGGUGCACUCGGAGCGAUUAUUUUACAGUUGGGACAUGGCGCUCCAAACAGAGACAAUUCGCACUUUUGGCCGGCAAACGGUCCUUUGUGUGCAACGGGGUCAUUUGCAUGACAUGGUUCUCAAUGAAGUCAUCGAAAAUUUGGAUAUAAAAUACAUGCUCAUAUUGCGCACCAAAGGCAACUUGUUCAAGGAGCGGCCCAUUAUCCCAAUGUUCCAUUGUCUUUCGCCCUGCUUUGAGUGUUUGCAGCAUAUUCAACGCAUUUUACAUGGCUAUUGGCUUAAUAAUAAUUCAAAUAGAUCGCAGCCAACUCACAGUAGGGAGGAGCCCUCAACUGUUGCAUCGUAA